AUGCCGGCGCCCCCGAUCAAAGAGAGAGUCCCGGUUAAGGACAUGCAGAAGGUCUUCCACUACACAGAUACCAUGACCCGGAAACCGACGAGAGACAACGACCCCUACGAGUACCUGGCGGGAUUCGGCAACAGACACCAGUCCGAAGUGAUCCCGGGGACCUUGCCUGCUGGUCAGAACAACCCCCAAGAACCUCGCUUCGGUCUGUACACGGAGGGCAUCACCUACUCGGCCUUUGCAGCUCCACGCCAUGCCAACUUCAGCACUUACAUGUACCGGGUUCGACCGGCGGCUGCUCAUAAUGGGUACCGAGCCAACAUCGAGCACAAGGCAGACAUCGAGAACUGUUUCUUGUCAUUGAAUCCCAAAGUGGCAACGCUGGCCGAGCAGGGUGAAUGGGCGCCGUUUCCGCUACCCAAGGAGGACGAAAAGAUCGAUUUCGUGGACGGUCUUCACACGUUGGGUGGCAGCGGAGACCCCAACUUGCGUGAGGGAAUCGCUUUGUACGUGUUCAUGAUCAAUGCAGACAUGGACCGUCGGGCCUUUUGCAACACCGACGGCGACUUCCUGAUCGUUGCCCAACUCGGCAACCUUGACAUUCAAACCGAGAUGGGCAAGCUGUUCUUGCAGCCCGGAGAGAUCUGUGUGAUUCCUCGGGGAGUUCGUUUCGCCGUCCGCCUCGGCCCCGGACACGACGUGGCUCGUGGGUAUAUCACCGAGGUUUGGGGUUCACGAUGGGAGCUGCCGGAUCUAGGUCCCAUUGGAGGCCACGGCCUGGCCAACCCCCGGGAUUUCCUGCACCCGGUCGCCCAUAUCGACGAAGUUCUUCACGCAGACUGGUCCAUCGUCAACAAGGCCAACGGCCUUUACAAUGCCAUUGAGCAAGACCACAGCCCCUUCGACCUUGUUGCAUGGCACGGAAACGUUGUCCCCUACAAGUACGACUUGACCAAAUUCUCUUCGCAGAACGCGACAUCCAUCGACCACACCGAUCCUUCGGUGAACUGCGUGCUGACGGCACCCUCGCGCGACCCUAUGACUCCGCUGGCGGACUUCUUGUGGUUUGGGCCUCGUUGGGACGUGGCGGCCAAUACCUUCCGCCUGCCGUACUUCCACCGCAAUUCAGCCACGGAGUUCCUGGCUUCUCUAUACGGCAAUGGACUGGGCCGGUCCGACGACUUCUUGCCCGGUGGCGGCAGCGUAGAGAUCAGCCAUACGCCGCAUGGUAAUUUCAGCGAAGACUACGUGUAUGAGAUGCGCAACCAGGUCAAUGAGCCUCGGAAAAUUCUCGAGAAUCAAAUGACGAUCAUGGUGGAGAGCAGUCGGUCGUUCUUGUUCACGGAGUAUGCUCGGAGCGGAUGUGGGACCUUCAAGGAUCAGGGGACCGACCCUAAGGUCUGGGAUGCUCUGCCGGACAAAUUUUCCUCAUACCCCAACAUCCAGGAGAUUCUUCGCCAAGUCAAGGCCGACAAGGAAGCGCGUAAAGAGCGCUUGGAGGCGUAUUAUGACGAUGGGAAGCUAGCGGAGCUCGUGGCCGACACCAAGGAGAAACCGUAUGAAUGUAACGUCUGUCACAAGCGAUUUUCGCGAAGUGAUGUCUUGAGUCGACAUGCGAAAGGACACAAUGGUGCGGCUGCAACCGCGCCUAACGGAGUCAAGAAUGCGCAGCCCGCGACGACGUCUGACCAAGCCGCAAUUCAUCCUGCCGAGGGUCAGCAAUUCCUUCCAGGAACUGGCACAGAAGCGGUCAAUAUGGUACAACCACUUUCGGUGACGCCUCGCGACGUGCCUCUCCCUUCAGCAACCGGCAUACCUCCCUCGUCUUUGGAUUUUCUAGCCAAUGUUUCGACGCAUCACGCCCGCCCCGAGCCCGAGGUCAACCCCAUGAUGAUCGAUGACCAACAAGCGGCAUAUUUUGGGUGGAACGAGGUUUCCACGACAGCAGAUACGCCGACCUAUCGAGGACCGAUGUUCGACACACCAAACGACAUGAUGCAGUUUUGGCUCGAACCGCGCGCCGAUGCGGGCUCACACAACGGCUCGAUCAAUUUGAUGCCAGAUGCGGGAUUCGGAAUUCUUGGGGAGAGCCACGGAGCCUUCUCAGAGCGGCAGGCAAGGCCUUCUGCGGACAGCGUCGGCACACCUAAAUCGGGGAGUACCAUCCCUAGUGAACGGUUCGCCAAGGUCCAAAAGUACUGGGUCGCUCCUUCGAACCACAACGGACGCCUGAUCAACAAUCUCUGGCAGGAGGUAGCAGGCAUCGACUUGGAUAAUAUUUUCGCGCUACAUCCUGGCAUCUCAAUCAAUGCCUCACCUGGUUUCUUACAGGGGUCAAGGCACAGCUUGGAUGAAGAAUGUCGACAGCAUCUCCAGGCAAUAUUUGGAUAUGCCCGGUUCGCCAGCCCACAUUCGCGCUUACCAGAACAUAUGGCGCAAGUCCCCCUUUCUUCCGGCGCAUUGGUCACUCUGCCCAACUUUCCUCCUGCCGAAGUUCUCGACAUGGCCCUUGAUCUGUACUUUCGGAACUUCCAUCCUCUGGUCCCGUUUAUCCACACUCCCACGUUUUCUGCCAAGAAUACGAGUCCGUCAGUGUUGUAUACGAUGUGUUUGAUUGGCAUGAUCAUGCUGGGGACGAAGGGGACCACCGACUUCGUAUCUAAGAACUAUACUUUUGUACUCGAGAAAAUCACGGCGGAGCUAUCCAAAUGCUCGCUGGGCACCGAGAGCUCGGCGAAUACUAUGUCCACGUUUGCAGCCGCCUUCCUCUUCCUCAAUCUCGCUGCCAUGACAGGGGAAAAGGAGCACCUAGAGAAGAGCCAAAUGCUCUAUAUCAGUCUCAUUUCGAUUGCACAGCGGCACGGGCUUUUUACAGCAACUGAAGGCCAAAUACUCGAUAUGAGCUUUUUUGAAGUCAGUCCGGAUGUUGAUAUACGGUGGAAAACUUGGAGUAAAAUAGAAUCUGUCAAGCGGUUAAUUUCUGGUCUUCUACUUUUGGACUCCUGGUAUUCGUCGUUCCUGUCGAUGAGUCCUAUUAUUGUACCCGACGCUAUCCAAAUCAUUCUCCCUUGCAACGAGAGUCUUUUCCAGGCUAACAACUCGAGCCGAUGGACGCAUCUAAUCCGAAGUGGACGGCGCAUCCUCAUGCCCACCGUAGUGGCUCCGUCGGAAAAUGUCGAGAUAGCGGCGCUCGAUAGCCCCGUCGAUGACUUCUGUAUGCACUCGAUUCUGGCGAUGGUUCAGCUACGGCUGUCAGAAGCCUACCAUCGACUGCUAUCGAAUCGAGCCAGCUACCCCUUCGCGCCCUGCCAUACGUACGCCAUGGACGGUCGCGCACGCUGCCUACCUUCUCUUCAACUGCAAAUCGCCAGAAGAUACAGCGACGUUCUCUCACGCUUGAACCCCAACGCAGCGGUCAUGUGGCACAAUAUGUGCAUGACGCUUACGGCUGAUACGCAGAUUUUCGACCUAGCCGCAGGACGAGCAGGUCCGGUGCCGGCACAAAAAGCACUAGAGGACAUUGCAGCGUGGUCGCAAACGCCUGCUGCGCGCCGAGCGUGUCUCCACGCCGCUCAGAUCUACAAAGCCAUGAUCAAUCGGAAAGCGUCCGACCAUACAAUGUUUCACUCGGUGUUUUCGCUGUUCUCCGCUGCUCUUGUCUUAGGGCUUUACGAAUUCAUGGUCCCUAAUACCGACGGACAAGGGCAGGGCGCGUACAUCGAACUCCUCGAUGACGUUGACUGGCAGGCUGUGGGCACCGAGGGAUUCACCAGCUUCAUGGAACCACGCGGCAGUCAGUCGUUUGCGCCCUCCGACGACCCGGCCGUGAACUUCAUUCGGAAUGGCGGUGUGGUGUACCUUCGCGGCGUGCCAUUCCAAGGAGGGUAUCAGUCCGCACGACGGAUUCUCCUGGACUACGCAGGCCUGCUCAAGGAUGCGGGCAAGUGGAGCGUUCGGAAGUUCUCAUACGUUCUCCACAUUAUGAGUGACGUGCUCAUGGACGUGGAAUGA